ACUCCCCGAACCGGACUACUUAUGUCCCGACGCGAACCCACCACUCUCACGCGUAAUGUUCUCCUAGUUUUGCCGGAAGAAAAAAUAAAAAGUUGAACUUGAGAAGUAGGCUACGAUAGGCAGUAGCGGAGCUGUGUCGGAUAAGUUUUUUGUUUUUUUUUCCUUCUUUGCCCCCAGUUUUCGGCCCCGCGGCGGGGCGGGACAGCAAGGGCAGAGCGGGGGGGAAAAGGAGCCCGUAGGAUGUGGAUCUGGUACCUUCUGCUUGGUUCUGGGUCAGGCUCAAGAACAGUUGAGAGCCAGCUUCUCCCGGGGAAUAACUUCACCACGGAGUGCAACAUCCCUGGAAACUUCAUGUGUGGAGAUGGGAAGUGCGUCCCAGGUGGGUGGCAGUGCGACGGAUUUCCCGACUGCUUUGACAAGAGCGACGAGAAAGGCUGCCCUAAGGUCAAGUCAAAGUGUGCCCCUACAUUCUUCGCCUGCGCUAACGGUGUCCAUUGCAUCAUCGGACGCUUCCGCUGUAACGGCUUCAGUGACUGUCCCGAUGGAAGUGACGAGGAGAACUGCACAGGAAACCCGUUGGUGUGCUCGGAGGCUCGCUUCAAGUGUCGAAAUGGCCACUGUGUAGACCGCAGCUUCUUGUGUAACGGCCAGGACAACUGUCAGGACAACAGCGACGAAGAGCUCUGCCUAACUACAGCAGAAGCUCCGGGGCAGGACUUUGUGACACUGGACUAUCGUCUGCGCUACUACCCCAGCAUCACCUAUGCCGUCAUUGGCAGCGCAGUUAUCUUUGUCCUGGUGGUGGCGUUGCUGGCCCUGGUACUCCAUCACCAGAGGAAGCGGAGCGUCCUGCUGCCCAGAGGCGUAAGAGGAAGCUCGCACCACCACCACCACCACCAGCCCCUGCUGCUGUCCCGUCUGGUCAUUUUGGACCGGGGCCACGUCCAUCCCGGAGGUCCUGGUCUUUCCCCCGGCUCGCCUACCGCAGGGGGCCAGUAUAGCUCCACUCCUCAAACACUGCAGCUGCUGUCUGGGACCCUUUAUCCCUCUGGACUCUCCAUGGACUCACCUCCAUCAUACUCACAAGCUGUCCUGGAUGUCAGUCGGCCUCCCUGGUUUGAUCUCCCUCCUCCUCCAUACCUCUCAGAUGGGGAGCUUCCAUCAGAGGGCGAGUUGCCUCAAUACGAGGGCCCUCAAGACCGUUUGAGCUACCCCAGAGCACCUCCCACUGGUCCCUCCACAACCAGAACUGUAGCCUCGGGCACGCAGCCGAGUCUGAGCUCCAGAGAGGAGUCGGACCAGCUGUAGCCUCUCUCUUGAUAUAACUAGUCAGAAAUCAGAGACUGCAGGACUGAAGGACCAGGCUGCAGGGCCACCAGACCAGGACAGCCCACAGCAGAGACCUGCUGAGGAAUCAACAAGGAUUAAGAAACUGUACACUACAAAGUGUCCUUAACUUGCUGCCCACACAUCGGCUUACUGAAGCACUGGACCGAGACGAGCUCGUCCUGCUAGACUGAUCUAGUAUGUUGGCUCCCCCUGCUGAGUCCAUGGUUGCACUACAUCCAAAUCAGUUACACAUCCAUGGGAUACUUCACAUCUACAGUGCUUUCUGUAGUGGGGUUUAUAAGAGAUUUUUCUUGUGUUCAAUAUUAAAUAUCUAAAUUCUAAAGUCUAUACUGUUGAGGAGUACGGCUAGAUUUGAUGAUUUGCUGUACUUAGAUCAUUUGGCAAUGACAUGUUGAAGCCUUAUUCUUACUGAAGUUGAUUCACUUUAGAGAGUCGGUCCAAAUGAAGACAAUACAGAGGUGCUGUGUCAUUGUUUUUCAUAGUUUAAAAGAACACAUGCAGUUGUUUGAACAAGAGCAGCUCAAUAAUAGGUACUCAACAAUUUAAAUCUGUUUCUCCGGUGUUGAUGUGAACAGUGACAAUGACAGUGAUAAUGUGGCUCCAGUUAUAAUAAAAAAUGUAUUACAUUUUGUAACUUCUUUAGUGGUACUUCAAACUAAACCCAAAUCAUUGAAGUGUUUCCACAAAGUUAUUUUUUAGAAAAAUGUAAGAAAUAUUUCUAGAUGAGCAGUGGAGUUUCUUUUUUAGAAAAUAUUUUCAACAAUACUGUAUGUCUUGUUGUAGUGGAGUAGAAAUUAAACUCACUGGGUCAGCAUAUAUCCUUACCAAGUGAGUUGCAUACAUCAUUCCUCUGAGCAGAGAGUCCCGGCUCUUUUCUACUAACUAUCACAUUUCUGUUUGAAGACCAAUUGUGUUUUUAUGGAGACACAAAAAAAGAAAUGUUGUUUAUUUUGUUGAUGCCUUAUUGUGGGCCAGUUUGGCCCCAUAGUCACUUUGUAUGUGAUUAGUUUUUGGGCACAAAUAUUCAUUUGAGAAUAUCAUCUCUUUGAUCAGAUUGUUCACAUUUUGCUUGAGAUUUGUUAAUGUAUAUAACUCUGUGUCAUCCUCGGUACACAAUGACUAUCAAAUCCACAUCUGAAGGAUCUGUGUUUAUACAUUUGAUAUUGUCUUUUAACCUUUUUUUUUCAUUCAUUUCAAAGUGUUCAACACUGUAAAUAGGAGGUGGAGUUUAAAGUGAGACGUGUGUAUUGUAGCUGUGCUUUGGAUCUUUCUUUUACUCCAGAGCCAGAAGUAAUAAUGCAGGCACAAGAAAAACAAUAAAACCAAAGAUAAUCAUUGUUAACUUUAGCCCAAGGAUAUUGCCCUUCAAAGGAUUGAUUAUGUGUCACAACUGUCUGUACCUUUAUUAUAUUAAAAUGUACAACGGUGCAUUGAGUAAAAGCAGAAUUCAUGUUAUUUGCUGUAUUACUGGAAGCCAUUUCUCAGGACAAAAUGUAUGCCAGUCUGUCUGUUCUGUUGUUUAUGUCUUGGUUUUUUUUAAGGAAUGUUGAAGAUCAAAUUCCCUUUUUUUCUGAUUUGAUCUCAUGGGGUUGACUUUUGCCCAUCAUGAUCUUUUUAUCCCCGAUAUUCUGUAUAUUGAAAGUAAUAUAAAAUUCUGACUCGGUUCUUGUGUGUAGCUAGUAUUACAUUUUCCCAACAAUUUAAUAUGAAUAUUGCAAAAUCUGAAGCUUUACUGCCAGUCUGCGCCCCAGACAGGCAACCCUUAUAUCACAGAUCCCCAAAUAAUGAAGAUUUAGUAGCAGGAAUGCUAUCUGAGUCGACAAUGUGGGUGGAGAAGAUGCAAGCAUUCAGAUCUCUUACUAAAGAAAAAGUACCAUUCCACAAAGUAAAAAUACUCUUCUAAAAUAUAGUAACUCUGGGCCUUGGAAUGUUUUUUCUGAAUGAAACAAUGUGGUUACAAGCCAACAUUAAAGUACCACUUGUCUGAACUUCAACAAUGCAUUUUAUUUUAUAAUCUUAUUCUGCAAAAGUAUUAGUUAUAAUUGUCAGGUAAAUGUAGUGAGUGAUGUGUAUUUCCCUCUGAGGAGUACAAGCAUGAAGUAGUAUAAAAUACAUAUUCAAAACACAGAUUCAAUAAAUGGAUAACCAAUCACAGAAGACAAAGAUUCAAAAUAAAUAAAAAAGUACUGUUGUUCAUGAUGGAUUACAAAGCUUCUGAAAUAAACACAGUCGCGUUGUAGCUCUCGUUGGAAAGCUACGACAGUGGUAGAGCAGGGUAAAGUGUACACUGCAGCGAGAUGCCAAAAAAUAGUAAUAAUAGUACUCUAAUGACAUAUAUGACAUCGUCCAACCAAUUUGUCACUGGACCAGGGCCUCUUUGUACAUUAUUGCGUCAUUUUAAUUCCCUCACCUCUCCACUUUCUUCACCUGUUGGGUUGUAGUGCCAACAAGCGAUGUCUGACAAAUCUGAUUGCCUCCACAGCUGCUUUUAUUUCGAACAAAAAGUCUGGAUCACGUGGUGAUGUUUUUUUAUUGAGGCUCUGUCCUCCAGAAAAUUCUGGCGGAGCAGCUGAAGAAACACAGCGAGGCUCAUCAGAAGCAGCUCAUCCGUCUAUGUCUCUCCGACAUGAGAUCCAAGACAAGCGGAGGAAGCUGGAGGAACUCAUUGGAAGGAAACACCAGUAAAGCAAGAUAUUACC